AUGACGGACUCGUCUUCACUUGGCCGUGAGAGCGUCCCAAGUGACAAAUCACCCAGAAACCCGGCUGAAUCUACAACUUCACCACAUGCACCAUUGCCAUUAUAUUCUGACAACAAUAAUAGUGAUAUUGACGGAGAUAUGCGACGUCAAAUGGGUCAACUGGUGGUUGACACCCAACAGCUUAUUGACUCGCACUUGACGCUCUUUCGUGCUGGUCUCUUAGUGACCAUCGUAACGUCAAUCACAGUUUCCAUUAAACUCAGCGGUCUACUGAAUAAAGUGAAUAAUGUCGAAGAAAUAUCGUCGUGGCAGUUUGCACGGCGAAAAAAGCUGCGAGUUCGGAUGAUCCGGCAGUCACGACAGGACCCAAGCAUCUUUUACGUGUACCACACGCCGUUUCUGCGGCGUAUACUUCUGCGAGAUGAGUUGCCUCAGAAUUUAGUUGGUGGUAGUGGAGAGACAAAGGAGAGUGACUUAAUUGCUGUAAGGCCUUUUGGUGUGCAAGUUGAUGAGAGCUCGGAAGAAUGGGUCUGGUCGAAUUUUGUAUCGUCGCACCGACCAUUGACGAUUCAAUUGUUACGCCGGAUUCAAGUCAAUGGUAGCGAGAGUGUGGCGUCUUGUAAUAUUGCAUUGACGACGCUGCCAUUGGCAAGAGAUUUUGCUAAAGAGUUGGUAUCUCAUGGAUACGCUGAGUGUAUUCCAGAGAAUCUUGAAAACUACGACAAUAGAUCAAACACGGCAAUGUCAACGCUUGCACAGCGUCUCAAAACCCUCAAGGUGGCUCAAAAGCGUGCUCAGACUAUGCAAUAUGGCAUUUGGAAAGAUUGGCAAGAAGAAAAACUGUCAGACCGCGUCAUCUCUGCCAGCAAACGAGUUACCACCAAGGGAUUGAAAAAGCUACUCGACAGUAUUUGUCGUUAG